AUGGCUAGUAUGUUAGUGGUCGAAGAGACCCUAAAACAAAUUCAAACAAGCGAUGGAGUCAUUGGUGUCAUUGUAGCAAACUUUGAUGGUUCGCAAGAGUUUUUUUAUGUAUACAAUAUAAUAUAGGUAACACUUAAUGACUUAUUUUCAGGAAUCCCUAUAAAGUCCACAUUGGACAACUUCACUUCUGUUCAGUAUUGUGGUUUGGUACAACAAUUAAUUGAUAAAUCGAAAAUUGCAAUUAAAAAAAAUGAUCCGUCUGACGAUUUAAUGUUCCUACGUUUACGUACCAAAAAACAUGAGAUUUUAAUAGUACCGGGUAAAGUGCAUUGAAUAAUUAUUGUUUAAACUUAAUACACUUCAAUACAUUUUUUUUUAAUAAUUUGUUAAUAAAUUAAUUGAUGGUAAAUACUAGCUAAAAUAUUAAUUCAAAAUUAAUUAUUUAAUAUACAAUUUCAAUGCAAUAAUCUUUGAUACCAUUAUUAUUGAAACAUUUAAGACUUUCCCUGAAAAUAUACAUAGGUAAAAAUAAUAGAUUUAUUUAAUAACUCCUCGAAUAAAUCAGUCUUAGAAACAAUACAAAAAUUAAAUUAAAAAGAAUUUAUUGCAUUAUUUUAAUUUUUAUACACAGUAAAUAAGUAGCCUUUCACUACAAAUAUAACUUUUUUUCAGUACAUCACACGUAUUUAAACAUAACAUAGUAGUAUAAUGCCAAUAUUCAAAGUUAUAAUAUUUAAUUAUUAGAAACUAAAAAAAUAAUAAUUAUAAUUAUAUUUUUCAGAAAAACAAUAUGUCAUGAUAAUAGUUCAUAAUCCUACCGGUUCAAGACCACCAUUGUAA